UCACACACACACUGACACGCCAGCGAGCUGCUGGCCGCUCAAUGGACCGAUUUCCCCGCUUUUCCUGAUCCCAAGCCGGCCCGGGAUGAGAAAUUGCAAAAUGGCCCGGGUCGCCAGUGUGCUGGGGCUGGUCAUGCUCAGCGUCGCCCUGCUGAUUUUAUCGCUCAUCAGCUACGUGUCCCUGAAAAAGGAGAGCAUCUUCACCACUCCCAAGUACGCCAACCCGGGGGCGCCCCGAAUGUACAUGCUCCACGCGGGAUUCCGGUCGCAGUUUGCGCUGAAGCUUCUAGAUUCGUCUCUGGUGCCCUUCCCGCAUUCUGUGACCCAUGAACUCCAAGCCAGACCUAAGUGGACAUUUAAUCGGACAGCGUUUUUACAUCAAAGGCAAGAAAUUCUUCAGCAUGUCGAUGUAAUAAAAAAUUUUUCUUUGACCAAGAAUAGUGUUCGGAUUGGACAACUGAUGCACUAUGAUUAUUCCAGCCAUAAAUAUGUUUUCUCUAUUAGCAAUAACUUCCGAUCACUGCUUCCAGAUGUGUCUCCCAUUGUGAAUAAGCGUUAUAACAUUUGCGCUGUGGUUGGAAAUAGCGGGAUCCUGACAGGGAGCCGGUGUGGACCACAGAUAGAUAAGUCAGAUUUUGUUUUCCGUUGCAAUUUCGCCCCUACGGAGGCUUUCCAAAGAGAUGUUGGAAGGAAAACCAACCUUACCACCUUCAACCCCAGCAUCCUGGAAAAAUAUUACAACAACCUUUUGACCAUUCAGGACCGUAACAACUUUUUUCUCAGUUUGAAAAAGCUUGACGGGGCCAUUCUUUGGAUCCCUGCCUUUUUCUUCCAUACGUCGGCCACUGUUACCAGGACAUUAGUUGACUUUUUUGUUGAACACAGAGGUCAGUUAAAGCUCCAGUUGGCUUGGCCUGGAAAUAUAAUGCAACAUGUCAACAGGUACUGGAAAAACAAGCACUUGUCGCCCAAACGGCUGAGCACGGGUAUUCUCAUGUACACCCUGGCGUCAGCAGUCUGUGAGGAGAUCCACUUGUAUGGAUUCUGGCCUUUCGGAUUUGACCCCAACACAAGGGAAGACCUUCCGUACCAUUACUAUGACAAAAAAGGAACCAAAUUUACCACCAAGUGGCAGGAGUCCCACCAGCUGCCGGCCGAGUUUCAGCUGCUGUACCGAAUGCAUGCGGAAGGGCUCACCAAGCUGACUCUGUCGCGCUGUGCCUGAGAACUCCGAGCCGGAGCGCCCGACGGCCGGUUUCAAAGUGCCCGACUCACACCGAGUAGCCCGUCAGAAUAGACAGACCCCCAGAGAGUCUCACAUAAGGACCGUCUGCCCCUUAAGAGCAAAGGGGUCUUCUCUCCCCUUCUCCCUGCUCUUUUAAGGGUCUUAGCAAGACAGAUGCUUUGAAGCCUCGUGAU